AUGAGCUGUCAAAGUAGUUUAUCAAAUCAACUUAGAAAUUGUUGGAAAAAACGAGCUGGAUUUUUUAAGGUAUUGGUCUUUUUCUAUUAUUUAGAAAGCUCAGAAGGGUGGAAAUGGGAAGAGAAUUCGAUAGUUCAUCGCGAAAAAUUGAUUAGGUUGCAAGAACAUGGAAAAAGCCACCCAGAGGAAAUCAAGGAGGUUAACGGUGUCCGCUUUUGUUGCUCGCAGGUGUUUUUCAUUGGCAAGGGAAGUGAUGGCACUCGAGUCUAUGUAGGAUUGGGAAAAGAUGGAUACGAGAGGGCUGUAAAACGUUUGCCUAGAGAUUUCUGUGUUUGCUUUGCUGAACAGGAAAAGAAAGUUUUGAAUGAAGCUAACACAACCCAGUCAAACAAUGUGGUACGUUAUUGGUUUUUAGACGACGAGAGCGACAAGGACUGGUUAUUUUUAAUACUGGAUUUAUGCGAGGAAACGUUGAAAGAAUUUGUUGAUCAUAGCAGUUUGGACGAUCUUAUAACCAACGCACCAGAUAUCAUUCAGAAAGUUUUGAAAGGAUUGGCUGAUCUCCAUCGAGAACCAAACCCCGUCUUACAUCGUGAUUUGAAACCAUCUAACAUCUUGCGAGACGUCCAUGGUAACUGGUUGCUGGCAGACUUUGGAAUCAGCCGAAUUUUGACGGCAGGCUCCAGUACCCAUCAAAGUGAGCAAAGGGGAACGGAUGAUUGGAGAGCCGUUGAAUCAUCACAUCCUUUGAAUGACACGAUCGAUGACGGUAAAGUACGUUAUAAGAAAGAAUCCGAUAUUCAGGUAGGGUUUUGUUGACGAUAGAUACGAGGAAACGUAAUAAUUACAGGUUUUAUAUUGCUUUCUAAACAAGAUAGUUGCGGAAUUCCCAAAUGAAUCCUGUUGGUUUACCCAUAGAAACUAUACAUAUAGAAUGUAUUAUUGAUCGCGAAUCAUUUCCCACUCUUUUGCAACGAGUGUCCAUAUUAAUUAGCCUUAUUGAAUUUAUUAGAAGUGUACAAGUUCUGUGCAAUAGACUUUACUGGGUGUUGCACUAUUGCACUACCUCGUUUUCGCAUUUUGGCAUGCCGGGCACACAUGGUGAUUAAAUUUUAAAUCUUCAAUCCCUGCCCUUCGUGCAUGUACGAAUGUUUCUCUUCGAUCUUCAAUAUGACGAGACCAUUGCGAACAAGAGUGCAAUAAACAUUACAGUCGGCACUAAUAUUGCAAUCAAACUAACAAGUUUCUAAAUAAAGCAGCUUUUUAGCCAAAAUUAUUAUAUUUGAUUCAACAGCACUUUUUCUAAACCAAGCAUUUUUUAAACUAGCUCAUAAAAUACAUAAUAUACAUAAAACUUCACAGCCUUUGAAAGAAAUGCUGACGCCAUCAAUAUUCAUUCCUAACUCUGUAACUCCAGGAGAUACAUUUGCGUCGAUUUAUGUUUUUUUCGUUAAACUCGAAUUUUAUGGUUCGCUGUUCCCCUAAGAAUGUCUUUUCCUAUGACUGCAAUUUUGCUCUGUCAUGCAUAGGUUGCCGGUAUCGUGGCUUUCUACAUUGUGACAAAAGGUGAACAUCCCUUUGGAGAAAAACCAGACCGACUUCGUAACCUACUGCAUGGCAACCCAAUUGGCUUAUCUAUGCUGAAAGAUUCUGUCUUGAAAGAUUUAUUAUCCUGGAUGCUAAGCCACGAUCCCAAAGAUAGACCUUCAGCUAAAGAGGCGUUAAAACACCCUUAUUUUCAGCCAGCGAAGCAGAAGUUUAACAUGCUGUGCAAAGUGGGAAACCAGCCUGAGAUCAAGACACAUGAUAUCAAAUCAGAUGUCGUGCGAAAGUUUAAUAGCGAUCCCAAAAAUUGGACAUCUCUGGUGAGAUCCGAUGUUCUGAAAUAUUUGUCCACCGAUCCUUUGAAGGGGAAAACAUUUCAUUAUAAGUCAUCGUGGACGGACUGUUUACGACUGAUCCGAAAUAUCAAUGAACACUGGCAUGACCGUCCAAGGCCGCGACCAGAAAUAUUUUACACUGUAGGCGAUCCCCAGGAGUACUUUCUUAACCUCUUCCCCAAUCUUCCAGUCGAGGUGCACAAAAUUAUCAGGUCAUGUGAUUGGAAAGAACGUGUUGAACUGAAGGAGUACUUCAUAUAAGAUACAAUAUGUGGCUUGUCUGCGCGUAAACUUGUCUGAGAAGUUCUUUCAGACGGAAAAAAACACUGAUCUGAAAGUUAGGACUGGAUAGUGCAUCUAACAUCUAAUCUACUGUGGUGGCGUUGACUACAGUAGUAGAAGAGGUUGCAACAAUUUCUGUUUACUGCUGAGAAAGGAUAUUUUGUAAAUAGAUAUUGGCCAGCAGUGAUCUUUCUCCUUAAAAUUGAAGUAUAAUAACUAAUGGUCACAUAAUACGGCUGCCAUGAGAGUCACUAGUAUUUAAAACGUUAUCAACCUCAUUAGAAAAGGAGUGGACAGCUACUGUAUAUCUUUCAAGUCACAUUGCUUCAUAAUAUAACUGAUUUCAAC